AUGAGUGCUUCCAAAAGAUAUGGUGUUACAGAUGCUAUUUCUUUAGCAGGUCCUACACCAGCGGAAAAUGUAUUAAAUGAUCAAUUAGUUCAAGAAUUGAAAAAACAAGGAAAUUUUGAAAGUGAAGCAGAAACUAAAAAAAGAGUUGAAGUUUUACAAUUAUUACAAAGUUUAGCUCAACAAUUUGUUUAUAAAGUUUCUAAAAAUAAGAAUAUGAGUGAAGGUAUGGCAAAAGAUGCUGGUGGUAAAAUUUUCACUUAUGGUUCAUAUAGAUUAGGAGUUUAUGGACCAGGAUCAGAUAUUGAUACUUUAGUUGUUGUUCCUAAACAUGUUACAAGGGAUGAUUUCUUCACGGUAUUUGAUGAAAUUUUAAGAGCAAGAUCUGAAUUGGAAGAAAUUGCACCUGUUCCUGAUGCUUUUGUUCCAAUUAUUAAAGUCAAAAUAAGUGGGAUCGAAAUUGAUUUAAUUUGUGCUAAAUUAGAUAUUCCACAAGUUCCAAUAAAUUUAACUUUGGGUGAUAAAAAUUUAUUAAGAAAUCUUGAUGAAAAAGAUUUAAGAUCAUUAAAUGGUACAAGAGUUACUGAUGAAAUUUUACAAUUAGUUCCAAAACCAGUUGUUUUCAAAUUAUCAUUACGUGCUAUUAAAUUAUGGGCACAAAGAAGAGCCAUUUAUGCAAAUAUAUUUGGAUUCCCAGGUGGUGUUGCUUGGGCAAUGUUGGUUGCAAGAAUUUGUCAAUUAUAUCCAAAUGCAGUUAGUGCAGUUAUUGUUUCUAAAUUUUUCCACAUUUUAACACAAUGGAAUUGGCCACAACCUGUAUUAUUAAAACCUAUUGAAGAUGGUCCAUUACAAGUUAGGGUUUGGAAUCCAAGGGUUUAUCCACAAGAUCGUCAACAUCGUAUGCCAGUUAUUACACCAGCUUAUCCUUCAAUGUGUGCUACACAUAACAUUACAGCAUCAACACAAAAAGUUAUAAUGGGUGAAUUAGAAAGAGGUACAGUUUUAAUGAAUGAUAUUAUGAGUAAUAAAAAAACAUGGAGUGAUUUGUUUAUUAAACAUGAUUUUUUCCAUAAAUAUAAAUUUUAUUUAACAAUAAUUGCAUCAACAAGAGGAGAUGAUGAACAACAUUUGAAAUGGAGUGGGUUAGUUGAAGCUAAAUUAAGAUUAUUAGUUCAAAAAUUGGAAAUUUUCCAAGGUAUAAAUUUAGCACAUCCUUAUGUUAAAGCAUUUGAAAAAACUUAUCUUUAUGAAACUGAAGAUGAAGCAAAAGAGAUUGAAUUAAAUUUUGGUAAUUAUUCACAUGAAUCCAAUUUAGGGAAAUUUAAAGAAAUAACUGAAGAAAAUAAAGAUGAAGAAAUUAAAGAAGGUUUUAAAAAAUUACAUUUAACUGCAUUAUACAUUGGUUUAGAUAUCACAGUUUCUGGAGAGGAUAAGAAAUUUGAUAUUCAUGUUCCAUGUAAUGAUUUUUUCAAUUUAUGUCGAUCAUUCCCAGAAUAUAGUGAUAAUUCAGUUUUCAGUAUAAGUAUAAAACAUGUUAAAUUAUAUGAUUUACCAAGUUUUGUUUAUGGAGAAGAUGAACAAAGACCAAUCAAACCUUCCAAAAAGAGAAAAGGUGAUAAGAAUGGUAAGAAUAACAAAAGACCAAAAUCUGUUAAUUCAACAGAUCAAUUAGUUAAGGAAGCUGUUGAAACUGUUGAAAGUGUACCGGCAAAAGUUGCAUCAUGA